UUGUUAAGUUGGGAGAUGAAUCCUUUUAAUUGUUCAUUAUGUUAUCCACAGRGUGUUACCUGUGAGGAAUCAGAAGAUGGGAUACCACCGGAAUGGAUAAAGAUUCCUCAGGCCAGUCCUUCUAAUCUGCUCGCACUCAAAGUUGCUGUUCUGCCUGAAGACUUUGGGGCCAUUCGGCUGAACAUAAGUUGGGCCAUCAACAUCGACAAAAGCAUUUACUAUCUCACAGGAACUUGGAUCGAUAUAGGUGAUGAUAAAUACCGCUGUCGGUAUGAACCACCUUUCGAAGAAGUUGACCUCAGGGGUCUCGAACAGCUGUGGUUCUAUUACCUUGCACCUGCAGAACCAGGGUUCCAUCUGGUCAUCACUGCUUACAAUCUUCCGAAUCCGCCAGAGGGCGAAUUUUCCAAGUUUACGACAUGUAAUGUACCGUAUCCGACAUCAAAUGACCACACAGCUGAGUUGACCAGGCCUACUUCAAACCCCACUGUGACGCCCAACUCUGAUCAAAUGUAUGGAAUGCACUCAAAUUCCCACUUCACUGAGCUGCCGAAGGCAACUGAGGUCACUGUGUCAGUGCUGGUGGUGUACCCUGCAGAAAACCCUGUCUUCCAGAGAGCUGUGCUAGCUUUUGCUGAGUUCCUCCAGUGGCAUGGUGGCUGCCAGGUGGCUAUCGACAUGUGGCAGCGUGGCAGGCUGGCAGAGCAGGGCCCGAUGCGCUGGCUAGCAGAUCAAGCCAAAUCCGUAGCCAGGGUGAUGGUUGUAAGCCCGCAGCCCAACCACUGCCACACUGGCCCAGGGGAACACACAGUACCAGCCGCGGCUCAUGACCUGUUUCCUCUGGUGCUCAACAUGGUGGCAAGCCACACUCAAAGCCCCAACGAGCUGGCCAAGUUCUGGUUGGUGCACCUAGGCACGGCCCCGGAGAGGAGCGGCCUACCUGUGGAAUUGACAUCCUGUAGGGAAUUUAGUCUGAACAGGGACUUGGAGAAACUGUGUAGACACUUGCAUCAGCAGGGCUCCAAAAGACCAGGGUUAAUGUUCAGAUCAGGGUUGGCCUAUGGGGAGAAGGCGACAGGGAAGCUAAAGGAGGCUGUGCAGCAGUUAGAGGCAUGGCAAUGCUCUCAGCCAGGAGGUGCAGGGGAGGCAGCUCCUUUGACCAAAUUGAUGGCUAGACUGUAAGAACCUGAUGAUGCUGGUGUGAUGACAAACCCAGAGCUCUUUGACCACUUGUAAAGCAAUGGGACUGCAAAAAUGAGGGCAUGCUAACUUUUCUCACUUAGCUUUAAGAUUACUUUUUAAAUAGUUUAAUAUGUUAUUUUUCAUCAAAUGUUUCUGUUUUGGAAAUGAAACAAAUAUUCUAUGGCGUUGACAUUUCUUAUAUACUUAUUGAAUGUUUUGUUUAUGUAAAUAAAUACUUUAAUCUAAUUAUUGACUAACUUUAAUGAGUAUACAAUAUUACACUGUAUUUUUUCUUUAUAAAGCUUUGUAGUAUCACAUUUUGUAUAAGAUGCGCAUUUUCACACACUGAAUUGAAUGGAAAAUCAGAUCAAAGACCAUGGUUUCAAAGACAAUGGUUAUCAUGGUUUGUGAUAUUUUUCACUUCAUCUUACUCAAAAACAACAUAUGGAUUUCACAUGCUUAUAAAUAUGUGUCUAUAAUUGUUUACUACAGAAUUACUUUUCCCCUGAUUUCUACUGAACAAAAAUAUAAAUGCAACAUGCAACAAUUUCAAAGAUUUUACUAAGUUACAGAUCAUAUGAGGAAAUCAGUCAAUUGAAAUAAAUGUUUUUGUCACGUCUGCUCCCGCUCCCCCUCUCUGGCGCUCGAGGUCGCCAGGCUGCUUAUCAUUAUGUCGCCAGGCUGCUUAUCACACCUGUCACCAUUGUUACGAGCAUCAGCGCUUCAUCGGACUCACCUGGACUCCACUACGUUAUGAAUUACCUCCCCUAUGUCUGUCACUGCCUCAGUUUCUUUCCCAAGCCAGCAUUAAUGUUGUUAUGUGUCCCUUGUACAGACACUGUUCGUGUUAUGUUUCCUGUCUGUUUAUUCAUUAAAUAUUCACUCCCUGUA